CGAAUGCCAACUCGGAUGGCAUCCAUCACACCGUGGUGACGGGAACGCAGGACUCGGGGAUGCAGCUGUAGGGAAGACAGAGGCCCAAGCGGUACAGACUACAGGCGAAAGAAGCGUCACAGAGUAGACAAAGCAGAGAACCCAGCAGGGCGUGGCAGGACACCUGGUCGCGAGCAGAGAGCGCGCCUUGAGAGUGAAAGUGAGAGACGGGCCAGUCCGAGGCCAGGCAGGAACGGGGGCGGAACUUCCGGAAGCCAUUUGCCUGAGUGGCAGGGGAACCGGAAGUGGAGGCGCUGCUGCUGGUGCUGGGGCCCGAGGAGGGACGCGCCGGACUGGGGCCGCCGGGACUGAGCGAGCGACAGACGCGCCACCAGCCGACGCCGCAGCCGCUUGGGGCCCGCACGGACCCUCUACUUGAGUAUAGAAUGAGCCAAGGAGACUCAAACCCAGCAGCAAUUCCACAUGCAGCAGAAGAUAUUCAAGGAGAUGACAGAUGGAUGUCUCAGCACAAUAGAUUUGUCCUGGACUGCAAAGACAAAGAGCCCGAUGUACUAUUUGUGGGAGACUCCAUGGUACAGUUAAUGCAACAAUAUGAGAUAUGGCGAGAGCUUUUUUCCCCACUUCAUGCACUUAAUUUUGGAAUUGGGGGAGAUACAACAAGACACGUUUUGUGGAGAUUAAAGAAUGGAGAACUGGAGAACAUUAAACCUAAGGUCAUUGUUGUCUGGGUAGGAACAAACAACCAUGAAAAUACAGCUGAAGAGGUAGCAGGCGGGAUUGAGGCCAUCGUACAGCUUAUCAACACAAGGCAGCCACAGGCCAAAAUCAUUGUAUUGGGUUUAUUACCUCGAGGUGAGAAGCCCAACCCUUUGCGGCAAAAGAAUGCCAAGGUGAACCAGCUUCUCAAGGUUUCCCUACCGAAGCUUGCAAAUGUGCAGCUCCUGGAUACAGAUGGGGGCUUCGUGCACUCGGACGGUGCCAUCUCCUGCCAUGACAUGUUUGAUUUUCUGCAUCUCACAGGCGGGGGCUAUGCAAAGAUCUGCAAACCCCUCCAUGAACUGAUCAUGCAGUUGCUGGAGGAAACACCUGAGGAGAAACAGACCACCAUUGCCUGACUGGCUCCCAUCAGUGUUAAUAGCAUCCCAGCUUCCUCAGAUCAGUUAUAUCACUGGCACUACAGAAUCCUCUUUCUUAAGGCACUUUGCAUUGUAGAAUGCUCCUGGAUGCUCAUAUCUAGUGUUUGAAGGGAGGAGGGAUUUAAACUGGUCCUGUAUAUAGAAGUUUUGUUUGACACAGGAGAAAAAUUAGCCAAGGAAGAUUGUUGUUUAAAUUGAUUUGAAACCAGAAGGUGACUUUUUAGUUGUUUGUGUGACACAUUCAUUGAAUUAUCACUGUUUUUCCUAGGAUAUCAUCAAGCCCAAGUACUGAAUAAUAUGAAGAUUCUUUUCUUGGCCUUUUUCUAUGGAUUAUGUCAUAUGAUAAUUAUCAGAAUCACACCUAUUUGACUUUAAACAGAUGUGGUUUUUUUUUUUCCAGUUUUUAAGGUUCAUAAUUUAGCCUUUUGUUUUAUUUUGUUUUACUCAUAUAUGUCCUUGGUGUUUUCUUAUCAUAUAGCAUCAUAUUAAAUGUGUAUUACUCAAAUAUGGGAGAUGCUAUAGUUACAAGUGAAUUUGUACCACUCUUUAUCUUUCCCAUGCUUAACAGUGAAAAAUAGGUUUUGCCCCCUUUGACAAGCUUUUUGGAGGGUAUUAUUUUUUAUGCUGCUGAAUAUCAUGUCUAUAAUAGACUCAUGCAUGCAGCCUUUCCUCCUCUUUAUUUCCUCAUCCCUUCUCCUUUUUAAUUUUAUUUUUUGGUCUUUAUUGACCUUACGAGCUUUUAACAAAUUUUGAUCUAGGAGCUCCAUUGCUGGAAGUCUGAGUCCCCAGCCAGUUACUCUCAUGAUGAUAUUACUGAUGUGUAACUCAUUCUUGUGUGUGAUGUUCUGUGCUAGAGUCUGUGUAGUGUUAUCCAUAUUCAGAGUUCUAGUUUGUUUUUUCAUUAAAACCUAUUACAGUUUCCUUUUAUGAAAAAAAAAAUCAGAACUCUGUUUCUCAUUCCAUAAUGCCUGACAUUUCAAAUUUUGUAGUAUUCUGUGGUGUAUAUUUUUAAUUUUUACAGUGCUGGGAAUCAAACCCCGGGGCCUUGCUCAUGCUAGGCAAGCACUCUACCACUGAACUACCCUCUUGCCCCAGCUCUAUAUUUUAUUUUUUUUAAUAUCAGUCAAAAAAAUCUUUUGACAUUUCGUGAGAAAACAGUAAAGCUACUGAUAGGCUUUCUACCUUUAUCCUGGCAGUUUAGUAAAAAAAACACUAGGUUCACUUAACUUUUCAGGUUUCUUAUUAAUGUAUCUUUAUCUGAGAAUUUCAAAAGCGCUCUUUAUAAUCUUAAUGGUUUGCUUGAACUAUAAGAACUGCCAUUUAAGAAAAUAAUGGAACAGUAGGUGGUUUAUUGUUUAAUAUACCUAUGAAAUACAUACAAACUGGAUCUACAAACAUAUUUUAAACUGGACCAGAUUGGGUAGUGAUAUGACCCAUCAAAAUGCUCUGCAAUGAUUCUGCUUAAAUUCAUAUUCAGUAACGAAGGUAUAUGUUUUAUGUGCUGCUUGCAAAGCAACUGGCAGGGCUUUGUGUGUUCAUAGAAAGGUACUGAUCUUUGUAGUACUCACAUCUGACUGAGAAGGAUUAAACUUGGGCUGUUUUUUUUCCUUGUUGAGCCUCUUUCUAGGAUUUUUUUUUUUUUUGUCUUUAAAAAAAGAUUAGUUUUCUGAAUGUAUCAUGUCUUCAUUAACAACAGAAAAUAUACAUGGUGUUUACUAAACUUGUUUACUAUAUUAAAAUUUCCUUUUUAUUUUUGGUAGCCCAGGCUCUUCAGCAUUUCAAGACAGAUUUUUUUUUUUAUUCUUAAUGAGAUAUAUAGUUGCAGGAAGGAGUGUUAAUUAAGCCAGAAUUUUGUGUGGAAAGCCAGGUUCCUAUCUGGGUCUUUUUGUGUCUGUCAGAGGUGGUGGGAAUAUGGUCCAAAUAAAUCCCUGAGGUUAUUCCUACAAGCAUGCGCUUUUAGCUUCUCUUGUCACUGAGGAUCAAAUAUCCCUUUGUGAGCUGGCCUCAGCUCCUUUGCUUAUGUGUAUAACUCUCAGAUGAUAGUACAUUUUAUAUCUACCAGAGCUAUUCAAGCAAUAGUAUUUGAACCACUAGCCUUUUAAAUAAAAUUCUGCCCUGUUGCUAAUGUGCAGAUGUUGAGUCCACUGUCAUUUCUUGCCAAGAUUUCUUUGCACUGCUCUAGACAAAAUGUAUUUUUUACUUUGAUUAACAUCCCAGUUUGCUUCAGUGACAGAAUUUACUGCAAAGUCUUUGUACUUUUUAAAAAAUAUAAAUUUAAUCCACUGUCCGUGAAAUGUCUUAGUUGUGAUUUAAGGGGCCAACUUUCCAGGCAGCUAGUAGAGAUACUGUUCUGUUCCUUUCCCAGAAAAGUUUAAUCCCUUUGCCCACCCUCCUGCUAUUUGGUAGCCAGUGAUGGAACUUUAAAGAUGUCUGUGUUUGGGUUGAAGGUAGACUGCCUCAGGGUGAUCUAGUGCAAGUUAUUUUGUUGCCCACACAGUGUAGGUUGCCAUAGGCAGUGAUCUGGCCAUCACCUUGAAUCUUCUGUCAAAAAUCUUAAUCCACCAAGACAAAUCUUAAGUAGCUCAUGGUCCAUUCUUAAGAAUUGUAAUCCAUGCCUGCCUGUAAUUCUACCUACUUAGGAAGCAGAGGCAGGAAGAUCCCAAAUUCAAGACCACCCCAGGCAAUUUAGCAUGGAAGACCCUGUCUCAAAACAAACCUGUUGGGGAUGUAUGUAGCUCAGUGGUGGAACGCUUGCCUAGGAAGCGUGAGGCCCUGUAUUUAAUCCCUCGUAUCACAAAAAAGGAAAAGAAUUGUUAACUCUUGUUUAUAAACAUAAAAAGAAAUUCUUGGCCUUUUUUUUUUUUUUAACCUAGUCACUGUUUACAGUUGUAUGCUAAAGCCUGAAAUAAUGUCUGUGCUGUGGUGUAUGAACAUUGCCAAUUUUAUAUUUAUUGCAGUGAAGAAGAAACUAAAAUUAUUUGAAAAGGAGGAGCAUGUCCAGGCUCCUGAAUCUGUGUGGGUCCAUGUGGGAGCAGUGAGUGGGCGCCUCUUAAAAGGAGGCUUUUUGGAGAGGAGCCCCAGACUCCCCUGGGGUGUUCCUUUGGGGAAUCACUGCUGCUGGCUGUCUGAACCUCCCCAAGGGGAGCUUGUGACUCUGCUUUGGCAAAGUUUCCUUGACUAUUAGUACUCAUUCUGUUUAGUGCAUAUUUCAAUAUAAAUGUCCAUUUCACUCAAACUUGCUGAUGUCUUUCUGUCUCCUUUUAUCAUAUUUUGGAUUCCAGUGGGAAAAAAAAGGGAUGGUUUUUUUCCUACCUUAUCAUAAGUAAAUUGGAUACUUUUAUCAUUUUGCUUCUUUUCUGUGGAACUGAAUGUACUCUUACCUUCUUGGGUGGGGUGAAUAGUUAUAAGGAAUCCUGGGUACAAAAGAGGAAAAAUUGUUAAAUGUGUUCAGAAUAUCUGGCAAUUAAAAAUAACUCUUAAACCAUAAA